AUUGUAGAAGUUAGUAGGUAUAGAUAUUUAAAUUUAAAAUCUUACAUAAUAUUCACAGACUUUUAACUUACUAUGGCAUCAGAUAUCGUUGACAAUCUACUCUAUGAGGAUAAAUUGUUAUCUAAAUCCAUAAUGGAAGGAGCAACAUAUUUAUAUGAAAAUUCUAUACUGUGUGAUAUCUUGUUAGACAUAGAAGGUAACAAAAUAGAAGCUCACAAAGCAGUUUUAGCUUCAGCAUCUCUAUAUUUUAGGGGUAUGUUUUGUGCUGGACUAAGAGAGACAGGUCAGCGAGAGAUAACAAUAUAUGAUGUGGAUUAUAAGGCCAUGGAGUCAGUUAUCAAGUUUUUUUAUACAUCAGCAAUUAUGCUGACAGAAGAAAACAUAUUUGAAGUAGUCAACGUGGCAAGUCUCUUAGGUGUAUCGAGUUUACACGCUGCCUGCAUAACGUUUCUGCGUCACUCAAUAACAGUUUAUAACUGUGUCAGUGUUUACACACUUUGUCAUAUGCACGGAUAUCUAGAUGUGGCGACAGAAGCAAUCAAGUUCGCUUGUGCUAACUUCAGUAGACUUAUGGAACUGGAUGAGUUUUUAGACAUGCCAUUUAAAAUGCUCCAGUCAUGUUUGGAUAACAAGAUGCUCAAUGUUUAUAGUGAAAACGGCUUACUUAAUAGGCUCUGUACAUGGAUCAAGCAUGACCUGGACUCCAGGGGAUGUCACCUGCCAGUGUUGAUGGACCAGCUCGACCUCUACAACCUGGACCUGGGUCAGGCAGAGAGCUCCCUCUACCAGCUACCCUCGCUGGAAGAGCAGACGUACAAGUGGUUGGACCGAGCCAGACACGUCCGAGAGAGAGGGAUAGUGCUGACCAGUCGUACCAGAACCCGAUACCACAAGCAGUUGCAGGUAAUACUGUCCUGUGGAGGGUUGACGGGUGGAGCGUCCAUAGCCAAUGUUGAAGCCUUGGCUGUGCCAGACUCAACAUGGAGAUGUAUGGUGCCUCAUGCAGGACAGUCCCAUGGAUUCCGAGUCAUCCCCCCUCUCAAAUCCCCCCGGAUCUACGCAGCGUCCACCUACACUGAUGAGUACGUCUACAUAAUUGGUGGUCGUGGUGACAACGGCCCACUGAACACGGUGGAACGCUACAGUGUAGAGGCCAACGAGUGGGAGGAGGUGUCGUCACUCCCCGAGCCAUUAGAGGGAGCCGCGGCUACAUCUUGCAACGGAAGUGUCUACGUCACUGGCGGCUUUAACAACACUGCGGGCAUCACGAACAAGGCUUGGGUGCUGGAGCAGGGCUGCAAGUCUUGGCGUGCGCUGCCUACAAUGUCGCACUGCCGCAGUCAUCACGGACUAGUUGCUGUCAACGGCUAUAUCUAUGCUCUAGCAGGCGCUGGUUCUGACGGGACUGUACAUGCAAAUGUGGAAAGGUUAUGCGUGCAUACUCAACAUUGGCAAAGGUUGGCACCAUUGCAGUUUCCACGCUCACUUUUUAGCUCGGUCGUGGUGGACAACCUCAUUUUCAUCAUGGGUGGUCUGGAUUCAGAAGAUCAAGCAUUACGCUCUGUUCAAGUAUACGACACAAUGAGUCACGAGUGGUCUGCUGACACUCCGAUGUCCGUGGGACGUCACAGUCACGGCGCCACUGUGGCUGAGGGGAAGGUCUACAUAGCGGCUGGUAGCGACGGAGUACACCAGCUGGCUACCUGUGAGGUGUUCAACACAAACACACACCUGUGGCAUGUGAAGCCUUCUCUGGCCAGAACUAGAGUGGGCCAGGCCAUGGCCACCAUCACUGUCCCGGUCGGUCCAUCACCGCUCAUGUAGCCUCUGCUUCGCGUACAAAUGUGGUGUGAAAGAGCUGCUCAAGCCAGAGCAAGAUUGUUAAAGGCUUUUUCUCAACCACUCAGAAAUGAACUUAUGCCAGGUACCCUGGACUUUGCAGGCGUUCUCCGGCCAGAGCAAUAGAAUGCUGAGUCAUGUUCACCAUCACUAUGCCAGUCACCCCGUACUUGACUUAGCCACACAUACACCUUUGGCAUGUAAAGCAUUCUCUAGCCAGAACAAGAGAUGGAUACAUCAUUUUCACCAUCACUAUGCUAGUUACCCCGUACUUGACUUAGCCACACAUACACCUGUGGUAUGAAAAUCAUUCUCUGGCCAAAACAAGACAGUGCCAAACAUGUUCACCAACACUGUGCCAGUUACCCUGUACUUGACUUAAAGCCACACAUACACCUGUGGCAUGAAAAUCAGGUUAUUAUGUAGGUUUGCCAAAAUUACAUAAGGACAAUAAACCUGUGAGACCGCUGGUGAAUCUUAUACCUGCGCCUGCUUACGGGAUAGCUAAAAAACUUGGGCGCAUUAUAAGAAAUGAGAUCAAACUAAAAAAUACACACAGUCUUAAAAAUAGCCUUGAACAGAUAAACAACGUUAAAAACACACGCUUGAACCCAAGUUUUUUUUUUCUUUUUUUUCUACACCAGUGGCAUUUUACGAGAGAGUCACAAGAGAAUAAGUUUUAGUGGAUGUGCCGGGGAUUGAACCCGUCCCUCCAGCACCGAAGUACGAGACGCUACCCACUAGGCUAGCAACACAACCAAUUCUAAUUAAGCAUUGGAUUUAAUCUAGCAUCACUAAUUAUAACAAACCUGUAUACUAACGUACCAGUAAAAGAAACCUUGGAUAUCCUACAUAAUAACCUGAAGGAAUACUCUAAAAUGAACGACAACCAACGUAAUGAAUUGAUGACAUUAUUGAAAAUUGUUUUGAAACAGAACUACUUCCAUUUCAACAACGAAUUUUACAUCCAACAAGAUGUAUAAAUAAACUACAUUUUAACUUUAACUUGUUACUUUUAAGCAUCUUUUCCUUUUGAUCUCUAUCGCUACACAUUACACAUUUAUCCUAGGUAUAGCUAAAAAAUGUUUCUGUGUGUUGACGUUUUAUUUUAUGUUUUUAGAUUUAUUUAUUGUUCUUUUUGUAUAUAAUUUUUGCUAUGGUAAUAUAUUUUACAAUAAAAUAAUUAUAACUUAUCUUUUAAGGUUGUUUGCUAAUGCCUAAGUUGUUAAUAUAACACGAGUGCCAAAGAAAAAAUGUAAAUUUGUAUAGAACGAUGCUUGCAUAAUUUACCUAUUUUUGUUAAUUAUCGAAUAUAACUAAUCUAUUAUGAAAUGUUCUCUUAACUAUGCAAACUAUUUUACGCCACACUACACUGUUUUAACGAACUUCCCACGCAAAGGUAUAGUCCUGUCCAGAAAACAGCUGUUUGCCACCAGCUUGAUCUAAUGGGGUUUCAUUAUAACAAUAGCACUGUACUUUAAUGAGUUUUUACUGGACACCAGCUGAUUAUAUUUUGCAAUGAGUGGUUAUAAACAAAAACAUAACCUCUCUUAGAGGUUAUGAGUAGUGAUUGCUAGUCCUUGAGUCGGCGGGAAUAUAUAAGGAUUUGUUCAGUUUUUUAUUGUUAAAUUAGCUUAGAGUAGUAUGGCGUAAAAUAUCGUACAUCACUCGUCCAAAAUGUGUUUAUCGGACUCUUAAGGUAAUCCCACACUCGACUUUGUCUCGAACGGGAACGACCACACUUAUCCGGUAAACACCUAAUUUCAGGACUAUUAACUUAAUAUACUAUUACAUUUUGUUAUAAAUGUAAUGGAAAGUUUGUGAAGUAAAAGUAUUUUACCAAACUGUUUUGGUUUUACUUAUAACCCAAAUUGUAGGAUAACCAC